UUAAAUCAAAGUAACUACUUUAAAAUGUCUUUAUUUAAAAAACCUAAGAAAACCAUACAACGAAGAGUUUUUACAGAAAAUGACGAUGAAGAUGAUGAUGUUACACAACCUAUGGAAGUUUGUCAAUCUAUUCCCGUUGAAAAGAAAUCUAAAAAGAAAGACAAAUCUUCAAAAACACCAAAAACUUUGCUAAGUUUUGAUGAAGAAGAGGAGGGAGAAGUUUUUCAAGUUAAGAAGUCGUCUCACAGUAAAAAGGUGUUACGUAUGUUCGAAAAAGAAAAGAAAAAGAAAGAAUCUAAACAAGAAAAAGAAGAAAUAAAAUCUAAAGAAAAAACUGAAAUUGUAACUGACGAUUUUGUAUUAGUGGUUAAUGCUAGCCACAAAAAACCUCCAACACCUCCUCUAAUUCUUAGUGGUAGAGAUGCCCUAUGUGCAGGUGCAGAUGACCUGUCUUCAGAAGAAGAUGAACCACAGAAUCAUAAAUUCAAUAAACCUGAUAACUUUAAAAGGAUUUUAGAAUCUGGUGCUAUUCCUGAUGCAGCAAUGAUUCAUGCAGCUAGAAAACGUAGACAAAGGGCAAGAGAACUAGGCGACUUUAUACCCACAGAAGAGGAAGAACCUGAGGAUAAAGGCAGAUUGUUAAGGGAAGAUGAACAUGAAGGUAGUGAUGAAGAAAGAAUUGACAUGGACAUAAACUUAAACUUAAGAGAUCAGGAGAGAAGACGUGAACAAUUUUUAGCUGCUCAAGAAUCAGACCAUGAAGUUUUAGAAUGGGAAGACCAACAAAUAAGAAAAGGUGUAACCGGAGCUGCAAUGGAAGCUGCGAGGGAAAUGUUUUAUCCAAUGGAACCUCCCUCUCCUCCGCGCAUAUCUGCCCAGGUACCAUUUAUUGAACCUGGUAUUCCAAGAACACCACAAAUGAUUGCUGAAAAAUUACGAGAACAGUAUGAGAAAAUAAAUCAAUCCAGAGCAAAUCAUGAAGCCCAGUUGGAAAAGACAAGAAAUGACAUACAAGAAGCUAUGAAUGAGCUAGAUGAAUUAAAAAUUAAAGCACCAGAUGCAGCAGAACGUUUUAGAUUCUAUCAGGAAUUACGAGGAUACAUAACUGAUUUAGUAGAAUGUCUGGAUGAAAAAGUAGGCGUUAUUUCAAGCUUAGAACAACGAGCCUUGGAUCUAAUGGCUCGCAAGUCAGAAUGGUUAAUAGAAAGAAGAAGACAAGACGUUCGAGAUCAAACGGAAGAAGCUACAAAUAAGGGCGUAAUCAUCAAAAAAGGACUAGAAGAUGAAGAAAAGCAAAGAAGGGCUGCUGAAAGGGAAGGUAGACGAACCAGAAGAAGAAGAACGAGAGAAUCGGCUGGUGUCCCUAAACACGUUGAAGGUAUGUCCAGCGAUGACGAAAUUUCGCAGCAGGAUAACUUAGUUUUCGAUAAAGAACGUGAACAGAUCCAAUCAGAAAUUCAAGAAGUGUUCGAAGACGUGGUAGAAGAAUAUUCUUCGGCAGCUAGCAUUCUUAUUCGAUUUGAACAGUGGCGAACAAGUGAUAUUUCGGCUUAUAAUGAAGCGUAUGCUACAAUAUGCCUUCCGAAGGUAGUCAGUCCUCUAGUUAGAUUAAAUCUUGUCUUCUGGGAUCCACUGAACGAGACUUCCGAAUUAGAGAAACUCGAAUGGUACAGAACGUUAGCGUUAUAUGGUUUGCAUGAUGAUGAAACUGAAGAAAGCUUAUCUAAAGAUCCAGAUAUUUCUUUAUUACCAACUGUUAUUGAAAAGCUGAUAAUUCCAAAAUUGACUCAACUGGUCGAUAGGUGUUGGGAUCCUCUGUCAAGUUCACAAACAUUAAGGCUUGUUGGAAUUAUAAGUAGAUAUAUACGAAGAUUUCCUAGUUUGGGACCUACAAGUAAAUCACUCAACAAUUUAUUCAAUGCUGUUUUACAUAAAAUGAAAAGAGCUCUGGAGCACGAUGUAUUUAUACCAAUAACUCCCAAAUUAGUGGAUAACAAGUCUCAGUUCUUUCAGCGACAGUUCGCCAGUGGUUUGAAGUUGCUAAAAAAUAUAACCAGUUGGCAAGGAAUUCUCAACGACAAUUUACUUAAGGAACUUGCUCUGAGGUCAUUGCUUGACCGAUAUUUGUUAACUGGUUUGAAAUUUUGCUCUCUCAUAGAUGCUGUACAGAAAGUGAAACUCAUUAGUUUAAUUUUGCCCAGAAUUUGGUUACAGAGUAGCACGCCUGAAUUUAAGAAUUUCAGCAAUGCAAUUGUGAAUCUGCACCAACAGCUAGAUAAGAAUAACCCAUUACAUCUUGAACCAAUUGAAACAAUUACAAAUAUCAUGAAAACUUUAAGGUCUUUCAUGUUAAGUUAAAUGUUUAUUAGUAUGUCUAUUUAUUAUUAGAAGCAAUAAAAUUGUAUCAUAAA